UUCAUGAGAUAUUUGUAUACUGUUUCUCUACCAUUCAAAAUUCAAUGAAAAGAAGAUAAGGUUUGGUAUAUUUUUGGGUAUAAAGAGUGGUAGAACAGAGAGAGUGAUAAAGAGAAGAGAAAGAUGGCAACAGCAAAAGUAACUGCCGGUGGCAUCACCGAUGUGCCAGGAGCUGCCAACAGCGUGGAGAUCGAAGAGCUGGCUCGCUUCGCCGUUGACGAUUACAACAAAAAGCAGAACGCACUUUUGGAGCUUGUGACAGUGAUAAGUGCAAAGCAGCAGAUCGUGAGUGGGGUGUUGUAUUACAUAACCUUGGAGGUCAAAGAUGGCGAAAGCAAAAACGUGUACGAAACCAAAGUGUGGGUAAGAGAAUGGUUGAACUCUAAGGAGGUGCUGGAAUUCAACCUCGUCGACGAUUCGACAAGAGAAGUAACAGGAGGUGGAGUCAGCGAUGUUCCUCCCGACACCCCUCACAUCGAGAGUCUCGCUCGCUUUGCCGUUGAUCAAUACAAAAAAAACCAGGUUCUCUUUUAUUAUGUUCUUCUUCCUUUUCUUCAUUUCACUAGGAACCAUUAUUCCAUGAUUGAUUUUGGUCUGUGA